AUGACCCUCCCGGCCGACAUUCUUGCUGCGAAUACAGCAGGAAGAAUCCCAAGCAAUGUCUCACUAGCAUACCUCGCCCAGUCCCGCGAUCGGUCCGCCAUUGUGGGAAUCAUUUUCAUGAUAUGUUUCACGGGUAUAUUGAUGGUUAUACGUCUAUAUGCCCGUGCCUUCAUCGUCAAGAAAAUCGGUCUAGAUGAUGCAUUGGCCAUCUUGACAUUUACCAUCUACAUCAUCUUCGUCGUCCUCUCCAUCGUCCUGAUCAACCUAGGAAGCGGUCGUCACAUCGAAUACAUCCAAUAUGUCCUCUCAAUGCCAACAGUCCGCCAGACGGAAGUCCUCGACUUUGUCGCCCACGUCCUGUACACAACAGCCCUUUUCCUAUGUCGUCUCUCCGGUCUGGCAUUCUACUACCGACUCACUGCCCGCUCAACAAAACUUCACAUGAGCAUCCUCAUCGCUGGCCCACUGCUCUUCGCCGCAUACCUCCCCCAGCUCUUCCUCUUGAUCUUCCACUGCAGGCCAGUCACAGGUCUCUGGCCAUAUGAAUGGCAAACAGAACCUGUAACCUACAACUGCCUCACAUGGGGGUUAGUCUACUCAGUCAACUCCGGACUCUCCCUCGCAUGCGACAUCCUCAUGUUCGCCAUCCCCGCAUUCCUCAUCAAGGAGCUACACGUCUCAUUGGAGAAGAAGAUCAAACUCUCCGUCGUCAUGUUCCCAGGUGUCUUCGUGAUCGUAAUAUCAGCAAUCCGCGUGUGGCUAGUAGCAGUCGGACAAUGGGCAUCCGACGGCAGCUGGGCCUACAACCCGAUGCUGUGCAUCGAAAACGCCGAAAUAGCAGGAACGCUGGUCGCGCUCUCUGUGCCCGCCCUGAAACCCGUCUUCGGCAACCUCUUCGCCCACCUGACGGAAUACACAUCCAGUCACACGCGCUCGAGAUCUCGCUCGACCAAGCUGCGCAGCCAUUCCAAGCCGCUGAGUGGGGUUGCGUCGAGCAGUCGGGAUAAUAAGCGGUUGCUUAAUUGGUCGAAGCUUGGCGCUGAUGAUUAUGAGAUGAUGCCUAGUGAGGUUUCUGUUGGGAAUAGGGAUGCGGAUACGGAUAGUGCGCGGAGGUUGAAUGUUAAGGGGCCUGGGAUUCGGGUUACUAAUGUUAUUGAUGUUACGAGGGUUGAGAGUCCUGAUGGGUCUAGGACUGGGUCGGGGUCUUCGAUUGAGGGGGGGAAAGAGGCCUGGGAGUAA